AUGUCAACCCCCACUCAAGUCGUCAUCCCGAAAGAUGCCUGGAUGCUUGUCACCGGUGCAAACGGGUACAUCGGCUCGACAGUCGUAAACACACUCCUUGAACUGGGGUACAAAGUCCGAGGCACGGUGCGAGCACCGAAACCCUGGCUGGAUGAAUUCUUUGUGUCGAAGUAUGGGAAUGGUAGGUAUGAGAGCGUGGUUGUGCCGAGAUUAGAUGAUGUUGGUGAACUCGAGAAGGCUUUUCAGGGGAUUGAGGGGGUGGCUCAUGUGGCAUCAGACCUAGCAAUGAAUCCCAAGCCAAACGAAGUCAUCCCUGGUGUUGUAUCUGCCACAAUUGGAAUUCUGGAGGCUGCCAGACGUGUGAAGACUGUGAAACGGGUGGUUUUGACAUCGUCUUCGUCAGCGUGCUAUACUACUCAGCCAGAUGUGGAGGGGAUUGUCAUUGACGAAGAUUCAUGGAAUGACGCCGCCAUCGCAGCAGCCUGGGAUGAAAAGACACCUCAAGCCCAAAAGCCCAUGGCCGUGUAUGCUGCAUCCAAGACUGAGGGUGAGAGGGCGGCUUGGAAAUGGAUGGCUGAGCAUAACCCGAGUUUCAAGUUCAAUACUAUUGUGACGAGUGCGAAUUUUGGCACUAUACUCCAUCCCCAGAUCCACGGGUCGUCAAUGGGCCAAACGGCCAAGCUACUUGAGGGUGAUCCAACCAUAUUGCACCUACCUCCGCUUUGGUUCGUCGACGUCAUUGACACCGCGAAACUGCACGCCAUCGGCCUCCUCGACCCAAAUGUGCAAUCCCAGCGUCUAUUUGGUUUCGCACAGCCGUUCGCCUGGGAUGAUAUCAUCUCUAUCCUGCGGAGACUGCGGCCCGAUAAUGACAAGAUCCCAGAUCCGUUGGACCACACAAGGGACUUGAGUAAGAUUGUUCCAGCGAGUCGGGCGGAGGAGUUGCUGAAGGCCUUUUUUGGGAAGGGUUGGACUUGUUUGGAAGAGUCGCUUGCGGAAGGGAUUGUUGGGAAGUAG